CAAAUAAUAGAUUUGCAAAAAAGGAAGUGACACUGCUAGAUACAUAUACACAUUUCGUCACUCAAAUCUCACUGUACGUACACCACACAAAUCUCAACCUCGAGUUUCCGGCAAUGUGGAAGCUCCGGUGGCUACUCUUCCUACUUACGGUAUCGUUAACCGCUGCUCAGGGAUCUGGCACCACCAAAACCUCACCCUGGCUAACCUUAAGAGGAGAUCCUCCUUUGGUUGUUGCACGCGGUGGGUUUUCAGGAUUAUUUCCUGACUCAAGUAUCAAUGCCUACAAUUUUGCUUUGAUUACUGGUCUACCUGACACGAUCUUAUGGUGUGAUGUACAAUUGACCAGUGAUAAUGUCGGGAUUUGUCUUCCAUAUCUUAAUAUUGAUAAUGGUACCUUGAUUUCUUCGGUUUAUGAUAAGGGGAACAAAACCUACCUUGUGAAUGGGGUGCCUACGUCAGGAUGGUUUCCGGUUGACUUCUCACUUGAUGACCUAGACAAAGUAUCCUUAGCACAAGGCAUCUUGUCUCGAAGUCCAGUUUUUGACGGAUUAUUUAAAAUACUAACUGUUGGAGAUGUUAUUGGGCAAGUGAAACCACCUGGACUCUGGUUGAACAUUCAGCAUGAUGCAUUUUACAGCCAACACAAUUUGAGUAUGAAAAACUUUGUUAUCAGCACAUCAAGAAAAGCUAUUAUUAACUACAUAUCAUCUCCCGAGGUUAACUUUCUGAGAAGUAUUGUGGCAAGAUUCAAAGCAAGCAAAACCAAACUAGUUUUCCGUUUCCUAGGUCAGGACGAAACCGAGCCGUCAACCAACCAAACAUAUGGUUCUCUGUUGACUAAUUUAACUUUUAUCAAGACAUUUGCUUCUGGGAUUCUUGUUCCAAAAUCGUAUAUAUGGCCUGUGGAUAAGGAUUUCUAUCUGCAACCUUCUACCUCACUGGUGUUAGAUGCUCACAAGGAGGGUCUUGAAAUUUUUGCUUCUGAUUUCAUGAAUGAUGUGUCUUUUGCAUAUAAUUACAGUUAUGACCCUGUGUCAGAGUAUCUCUCUUUCAUUGAGAAUGGAAAGUUCACCGUGGAUGGUGUUCUGUCUGACAACCCCAUUACUCCAUCAUUGGCUUUUGAUUGCUUAUCUAACCUGGGAAAAGCUAAAUCUAAGCAAGCAAAACCACUAAUCAUCACAUAUGAAGGAGCAAGUGGGGACUACCCAGGUUGUACUGAUUUGGCAUAUAGAAAAGCUGUUUCCGAUGGUGCGGAUAUUAUCGACUGCCCUGUUCAAAUUACAAGUGACGGGACACCUAUUUGUUUAGGCUCUAUAAAUCUACUUGAAAGAACAACAGUUGCACAGGCAGAUUUCAACAAUCUUACAUUAACUAUUCCUGAGCUUCAGGCAGGUCCUGGAAUAUAUACAUUCAGCCUCACAUGGAGCCAGAUUCAGAGUUUGAGACCUGCAAUGUUCAACACAUAUAAGAACUAUACUUUGUUGCGGAAUCCGAAAUCCAAAAAUGAUGGAAGGCUUAUGACCUUGUCUGACUUUUUGGACUUUGCAAGUAACGCUACUUCUAUUUCUGGUGUCUUGAUAAAUAUUAAGAAUGCACCAUACCUAGCAGCAAAUCAAGGAAUAAGUGUUGUAGAUGCGGUGAUGGAUGUACUGAAUAAUUCCACUUACAAAAAUAAAAAAACCAAGAAAAUAUUAAUCCAAUCUUCCGACGGCGGGGUUUUGAAACUAUUCAAGGCAAAAAGCAACCGACACGAGCUUGUUUACGAAGUUAAUGAAAAUAUCCGUGAUGCUCUAAAUUCAACAAUCUCUGAAAUCAGUGAGAUGGCUAACUCUGUAGUUGUCGGAAAAGAAUCGAUUUUCCCGAAGAAUGCAGGAUUUCUUGUUGAUCAAACUGAUGUUGUGGCAAAGCUUCAGGCGUUUAAGCUCCCGGUUUACGUACAGCUUAUGAAUAAUGAGUUCAUUUCACAGCCGUGGGAUUUCUUUUCUGACCCGUAUGUUGAAAUAAAUUCGUAUGUUACGGGAGCUAAUGCUGAUGGUGUUGUUACAGAUUAUCCAGCUACUGCAGCCCGAUACAGAAGUAGCCCGUGUUUAGGAUUACCACCAGAUCAGACCCCACCAUACAUGGCACCUGCUCAACCAGGCCAGUUGAUGCAAAUCAUAUCACCGCAAAUGAUGCCGCCAGCUGAGGCCCCCAACCCAAUGUUAACCGUGGCAGAUGCACCUAUUCCGCCCGCUACAAAGAAAUCACCACCGCCAGCUGGUAAUUCAACAUCGCCUCCUAGCGGGCAACCACCUAAAACUGCCGCCAGUGUUCUGCUAUCUUCUCUAGCCACUGCAGUGAUUAUCUUUCUCAUGAUAUGAAAUGACGGUAUCUCAUCUAUGUUUAGUGACGUUUACACGGUUAGUUUGGGUUAGUUAUAAAGAAUGUUUUGAACCAUUUUCGGCUCUGGUUGUUUAGUAUUUUGUAAGUAUUAAUGUUCCUCGUAUGUAAUUUGAGGACUGAACGGUAGAGACUGAGGAACAUAUGUUGUGAAUUCUUUUGUACCUUAACAAUUGGCUUUAUUGCUUUCAGUAUGUAGGUUUAGAUGCAUCUAUUUA